AACGCUCGUUCGUGGGACUAGUGUCUCUGGGACACAUGGACUCCGAGACACGAGGUACGAAGGAGGGAACAGCGUGAUGCACAUUAGAGAUACCAUGCUCCUUGGCACACUGCGUCGACGGAGGUUGCUGGAGUAGUCAGUUCACGUCGAUUCACCGCAGGCACGGCAGCGAAUAAAUCGCCACCUUUGGCAUCGCCUAAACGACCAACCGAGGACCAUGAAGAGAUCUUCGAGCUUCCACUCGAGGUUCCUAGCUUGGAUUUUCUGCCUGUUCGCCGUUCUACUUCUACCAUCGAGGACAAGCGCCUUGGAGGAGAACUGUACGGACUUUCAAGGUGGAACCGUUCGACACGGCCUCCUUUAUGUACCAGGACCUGCGGUUUGCAGUCUGUGCGUCUGCUACCAUUCGGAGCCAAUGUGGUGUCAAGCCAUCUACUGCACGCCACCCUAUAAAUGCAAGAGGUUUCGGGUCGGCGAGCGUUGCUGCGAGUUCGAGUGCCUGGACGGGACGGACGCGGACUGGACCGGGCCGGAUCUGAUAAUCGCCGCGGGAUCGUCGAGGAUCGCGGAACAGGGCGCGGUCUGGCUGAUCGGGAUGAUCGCCCUGCUGAAGGCGCUCUAGUUCCCGCGGUUUUCAUCCACGUUGUACGGCGACGCAACGUCGAACGGACACGACGCGUCGACGAGAUUCGGCCUUUGGAAACGUGACGACACGGCGACGAGCAUCGAGCAACCAGGGAUGCUGGGAGGAAGGUACGGGGCGUAGCGUGUUGUCCGAUGAAACGUCUCACGUUCAAUCGGGUGAUUACGGUUUCCGCGAGGGGAAUGUUACCGAGUCACAUGGGAUUGUCCUCUGACCAUUUUAUAUAUCAUGAAAGCUUUUUAGUAAAUUGAUCUUUCCUCACCCCGUCAACCCUUGUACGCUUCUUGAGCCAUUAUUACUUUGUUAAUUCACGUCCGGUUGAACAGAGUAUAAUUGUUAAUUUUUUAUCGUUCUGUUCGGUAGCAUUUUGCUACCCUGUCUUCCGACCGUUUAGCUCCUCCUAUUUGAUAUCGUUUCUGCGUCUACACUUUAUCUUUAUGUGAUAUUUUUGGCCGCGAGAAAUUUUACGAACCACGAUGUCAGAGGAUGCACAGCUCGUGAUUACGAGGUGUUGCUACAGAGAGAAUA